AAAGUUGACCCUUUCUUCUUCUUCUUCUUUCUACAAACAAAAUCAAGAUCCCCAUUUUCUUUCUAUUUUCCUUUUCUCUCUAGAAAUUUCUUUCAUCGAAAAACAACAUGGGUUCCCGAACGUUAGAGAUCAACGUAAGAUCUGCCAAACAUCUCAACAAUGUUAAUUUCAUAACCAAGAUGGACGCCUACGUCCACGUAACAAUCGCCGGCGAUUCAUACUCCGCCAGUCAGAAAACACCCGUCGACAGGGAAGGCAACACGAAUCCCAACUGGAAUUCCCCGAUGAACUUCAUCCUCGAUGAAUCCUCAGUCAGUCGGAAUCUCCUCAGCCUUGUUUUUAAACUCCGAUGUGAUAGGGCCCUCGGGGACAAAGAAAUCGGUGAGGUAACCGUUCCGAUUACAGAUCUUCUCGGUCACGCCGGUGAGGACAAGCCUCAAUUCGUCACUUACCAGGUCAGAAUGCCCUCUGGGAAGCCAAAAGGCGAACUUAAUUUUUCUUACAAAUGGGGAGACAAAGUCUCUGCUCCGUUGCCGCAGCCGGCGCCGGAAAAACUGGAGGAUCCGGUAACGGCUUAUCCAUCCGUGUCGGGUCCCACCAACAUCUCUUACCCACCUCCUCCUCCUCCACCGGGUUACAAUCUGCCGGAUCCGCUAUUGGCUCAUCCGGGGACUAGCGCCGCCGCUUACCACCCACAACCUUGCGGGACAGCACCGGAAGUUCCCUAUGCAGCUCCUCCGGGAGGUUAUCAUUAUCAGCCGCAGCCGCCGCCGCCCACGGCCGGAUACGGGUAUGAUAGUUAUCCGCCGCCGCAAGCUGGAUACGGAUACCCUCCUCCGCCGCCGCCUCCAGCCGGAUAUGGAUACCCACCGCCGCCGCCUCAAGCCGGAUAUGGAUACCCACCGCCUCCGCCGCCGGCUCAAGCAGGGUACGGAUACCCGCCGCCGCCGCCGCAUCCGGGUUACGGAUACCCACCGCCGCCGCCUCAAGCGGGUUACGGAUACCCGCCGGGUCAGCAAGCACAUCAUCAAAGCAGUAAUAAUGGUUUGGGGUUAGGUUUGGGGGCAGGACUCGUUGGAGGUGCAGUCGGUGGCCUUUUGAUAGGCGAUAUGCUCGAUGAUGGGUUUGAUUGUGGAUUUUGACUUUUAUUUAUUUAUUUUAUUAUUAUUUUAUUUAUUUAUUUCUGUUUUUUUUUAUAAUAAUUUGUGGUUUAAUGUUAAUGGUGUUUGAAUGAAGGAGUUUAAUUACUACCAAAAAUAUUAUUGUACAUUUAUAUUAAUGAAGUUGUGUUUAAAUUUUAAC